AUUUUUUGCAAAAAUUAAUUGAGGAAGAAGUGAUCAAGUCACAUGGUAAGUAAAUAAAGAACGCUUCACUCUAAACUCUAGUUCAAAAAACAAGCUAAGAGUGAGUGUCAUAUGCAAAGAAGAGAGAAGAAAAUGGAGAUAGAGAAGAGCAACGACAACAAUGAAUUUUUCAGAGAUGAACAGCAAGAGAGUGGCUGCAACAGAAAACAAAAGCGAAAAGGAGGCCUCCGAACAUUGCCUUUUAUCUUCUCAAACGAAUUUUGCGAUAGAUUUGCGGUGGCGGGAUUUAAUGGUAACUUGAUAAGUUACCUGACACAAGUGAUGAACAUGCCAUUGGUAUCUGCAUCCAACAUACUAACAAUAAUUGGUGGAACAUCGAGCUUCACUCCUCUCCUUGGUGCUCUCAUUGCUGAGUCCUUUGCUGGUCAGUAUAGGACUAUCACUGCCGCUUCCCUCAUCUAUCAACUGGUUCGAUUUCUUAUUAUCAACUACUUCUCUUUCUGUAUUCAUCAUUGCACUCAUUCUAAGCUAUUUUAGUUUUAGAAACGUUGGCUGUGUAUUUUAGUUCAAAUAUAAUACUACAAGUAUUUUACAUUUUGCAAAGGUAGAUGAGACGUAAAUUUAUAUUUAAGAUAGUAUAUUCUUAUUCAUAAGAUUACAGCUUAAAUAUUGUUUUGUAUACCUUGUCAUCGCGUACCUUAAAUAUUGUUUUCACUAAGGGAUUGAUUUUCACCACUCUGUCUGCUAUACUUCCACAUACACGGCCUCCACCAUGUCCAAAACAAGUGAACUGCCAAGAAGCCACAUCCUCACAACUAUGGAUACUAUACAUGUCUCUACUCCUCACAUCUCUUGGCUCAGGUGGCAUUAGACCCUGUGUUUUGCCAUUCUUAGGAGACCAAUUUGACAUACCAAAAAAGGUGUGGAAUCUAGAAAUGGAACAUCUUCAAUUGGUACUUCUUUGGCUUGGGUUUGGCGUCUCUAACUGCUUUAACCAUUGUGGUUUACAUCCAAGACAACACUGGGUGGGGUUGGGGAUUUGGCAUACCAACAAUUGUUAUGCUAUUUUCUAUUCUUGCAUUUGUGCUGGGGUCACCACUCUAUAGGAAUGUGAAACCAAAGGGAAGCCCUUUGGUUCGUUUGGUGCAAGUGAUUGUGGCAGCUAUAAGGAAGAGGAAAGAGGAUUUGCCUAAUGAUCCUAACCUUUUCUACCAAAAUAAGGAGCUUGAUGCUCCUAUUUCAUUGGAAGGAAGACUUCAACACACAGAUCAAUAUAAAUGGUUGGACAGAGCUACAAUUGUGACAGAAGAAGAAGCUAGAGAUCUAAAUUCAGCACCAAACCUAUGGAAACUAGCCACUGUCCACAGAGUUGAGGAACUAAAAUCCAUCAUUAAAAUCAUUCCAAUUUCUUCAACAGGGAUCUUGCUCAUAACAGCUUCAUCUCAUCUUCCAAGCUUUGUAAUCCAACAAGCUCGAACAAUGAACCGCCACCUCUCUCACUCAUUCCAAAUCUCCCCAGCAAACAUGUCAGUAUUCAGCGUCAUAACCAUGAUGGCCGGAGUAGCUCUCUAUGACGUCCUCUUCGUCCCCCUCGUCCGCCGCUUCACAAAAAAUCCUACAGGAAUCACAUGCAUACAGAGAAUGGGAAUAGGAUUCAUGAUUAACAUUGUGGCCACAGCUAUCUCAGCACCGGUCGAAGUCAAAAGAAAAGAAAUUGCUUCACAACAUAACUUGUUGGAUGAUCCAACUGCUAUUAUUCCAAUAAGUGUGUUUUGGUUGGUACCUCAGUAUUGUUUGCAUGGUUUGGCUGAUGUUUUUAUGUCUGUUGGACUCUUUGAAUUUCUCUAUGAUCAAUCACCUGAGAGCAUGAGAAGUAGUGCUACUGCUAUAUAUUGCAUAGUUAUAGCAAUUGGGAGCUAUGUUGGUACAUUUUUGGUGACAUUAGUUCAUAAGUAUAGUGGCAAAAAUGAGAAGAAUUGGUUGCCUGAUAGGAACCUUAAUAGGGGUAGAUUAGAGUAUUAUUACUUGCUUGUUAGUGGGGUUCAAGUUUUAAAUUUAAUUUAUUUUGUAAUUUGUGUUAGAUUCUAUACUUAUAAACCUGUGGAAGAAAAUAUUAGCGAAAUCAACAAUAAGGGAGAAGAUUUAGAACAAAAUGGUGAAAAAUUAUUAUUGGAGAAACCAAAAGGAGAUAAGGAUGAUCAAAACAAGAGUCUUAGCCAAAAGUAAUGUAUUUGUGAUCAUCUUGGCAGAAGCUGGUUAGAGAUUAGUAUUGUUAUUGCAUUCCUUGAAUGUUCAAUUCUCUAAUACUUUGCUCAUGUAAGCAUAAGCUGGAAUAUUUAAUUUGAGUAUAUAUAUAUGAUCACGAAUGUUAUGUGUGCGUUGUGUCUGAGAAGCACAUCUAUAUCACCUACACCUUUUCCUAAUAGGAAGAACAGUUAAGGUUAACAACUGACAGAUUCGGCAGUAAUGAAGCAGAAUUUGGUUCGGGAAAUGGUGGCAAGAGUGUGAGGUUGCAGAGCAAUGCUUGUGAGGAAUAAGCUAUGGAAUUGAAAUUAUGAUUAAUCUCAAGGAAUAACCCACAUGCGGCAUAGUUUAUAUACUCCAGCUCUAAGCUUUACCAAGGAAAGAAGGGAUACAAAGAUGAUGAGAACAAUAAUGGAGGGGAAACAAGCAAAAAAAUAAAAAAAUAAAAAUUAACAAACCUAUAGUAAAUCAAACCAGUACAGGUUAUAGUUACAUGUUAACCAAUUAGGCAACAUACUGCGUACCGGUUAGCGUGUACCGAUUCGCGAUUCAUCU